AUGUCCGAAGGGCCGAGCCAGCGGCUGAGAAGUCGUCCUCGUGUGCGAGGUGAAAGUUUUUCUAUGUCUCGUGGGGGAGACUCGUCUCCUUUCGGAGCACAUCGCGUCACGAGGAAACCGCCGACUUUAUCGCUCACCAACGAAUGUGUGACCAACGUUGAACCUGUACUUCUUACUCAGAGGUGGACGGUAAAUAAUUUCUCGUCACUGUUGAAGUUAUCCCAGCCUGGCUUGUGCCUUAGAAGCAGCGUUUUUAAAGAUCCAUCUAUGCCCGACGCUUGUUGGCAGCUUUGUCUCUACCCGGGAGGAAAACGACCUGAAAAUGCUAACAAUGUUUCAUUAUUUCUGAAGAUGUCAGCAACAUCUCCGCUUAAAGAGGUAAUUGUGAAAGCUGAGUAUCGGUUCUUUUUCCUCGAUGAAGAGGACGAGGUGAAAUUCAGCAAUGUUAACAUUGGCGAUUUUCACGCAAAGCCUCCAAAAGGCGGACAUUCGUGGGGUCUCCGGAAUAUACCAAGACAAAAGGUCCAAAAUAGCAUACGAGCCGACCAUUCUUUAGUAAUUUCGUGUACGAUAGAACUUUUGCCGGACGCAGGUCGCAUCCCUUGCAAGAGAGUUGAGCCUACCGCUUUAAUAAUAACUGAUAUGGCCGAAGUGUCUCGCGUACAUAUGCAAAAUGAAUUAGCUAUGUUUACUGGAACAGAAAGCGCUCCCCAUUCGGAUUUAACAGUAGCAGUUGGACCAAAGGACGAUCGGGUCGUUUUUGCUGUGCACAAAUAUAAGCUUAUUACUCAUUCGGAUGUGUUCUGUGCAAUGCUUGAACAUGACAUGGAAGAAAGCAAGACAAACACCAUAGUAAUAGAGGAGUUUUCGCACACUGCUGUAAAAAUAAUGCUGACGUUCAUUUAUACCGGUGCUAUCUCUCCGCAUGAGUUAGAAUUGGAGGACGCAUCUGAUGUAAUGCAAUUAGCGGAGAAAUAUAACAUUCCAGCGCUUAAAACAAUGUGUGAGCAAGAUUUAAUAUCAAGAGUAUGCGCCGCAAAUGUCGUUGAUUGUAUGGAACUGGCUGAUUAUCAUCAUGCUAGCCAUCUAUACGAACAUUGCUUGGACUUUAUGAAUGCGAACAGAUGCGAUACGCUUAACAUGGAAUCAUGGUCGGCACUGAAGGACAGAAAUCCGAGAUUAAGUAGUUCUAUUAUGGAGCGUAUGAUUCGUUCAGAUCACAGUAAUUCCCCUCCAGUUAAGAAAAGUCGAUUAUAG